CAGGUACAUUUUGCAAAUAUCUCAGACCAGUACUGUUGUCUGGGUGUGUCCUAAGACCACAGCUAUGUAUCAGGGAGUCUGCUGAGAGCAUGUUCACUUUCUCCACACUAUACAGCCUUUCAAUCAUGGUAACCUCUACAUAUAUUCAACAUUAAAUUUGUGCAACAAUCAGUAGCUAUGAUGAACAGGUCACAAAACCCCGAUCAAAACUGUUCAAUCAGUGACUUCAAACGGAAUGUUUAUCCAACCGUCUACUUGUGUAUCUUCUUCCUAGGAUUAUUUGCCAGCCUUGUCUCGCUAUAUUUCUUCAUCGGUGUGAGUAGGACAAGAAAAUCCUUCAGUGCAGUCCAUUUCCUUAUGAUAAACCUUCUAAUUUCUGACCUGAUGCUGGUGUGUUCGCUGCCGUUCCGAGCCAUCUACUUCCUCAUGGAUUUCAACUGGGUUUUCGGGGAUAUCACUUGUCGCAUCAUGGGUUUUGUGUUCUACGUCAACAUGUAUGGCAGCAUUUACUUCUUAAUGGUCCUUAGUGUAUUUCGCUUUGUGGCCAUUAUUAAGCCCUACAGCUAUGUGUAUUUACAGAGUAACCAAGGAGCUUUCUUGCUGUCUGGCUUCAUUUGGCUGUUGGUGUUAGUAGCAUCCAUCCCUCUUUUGUAUGCUGGCACGUCUCAGGAUCAAUCUGGCCAGAUCAAAUGCCUUGAGCUGGACCUGUCUCAAUCGUCCAUCAUCACCUUGAACAAAGCUGCUCUGUCCUUAGGCUUCAUCUUACCUUUUGUAGUCAUUACAAUCUGUUAUUUAGUUGCAGCCAGGAAAUUGCUACAGCUCAAAAAUGGUCAAGGGAGGAGAAACCCCCAUUACAACAAGUCCUGCGCGCUGGUGAUUAUCGUUCUCCUUCUUUUCCUGGUGUGCUAUAUGCCGUAUCAUGUUGUGCGCACUGUCUUUCUGGAAGUUGAAAGGCAGUUCAAUAACAAGGACUAUCAAUCAUGUCAGUAUGUUGAAUUAGUAAGAAAAGCAGCUGUGAUUACACAUUGCCUGGCUGCUGGGAACAGUUGUUUGGAUCCUCUUCUAUACUUCUUUGUGGGUGAAAGAUUCUGGAGCUUUUGGCAUAGGAAAAAACAAAGGACGCUGAGCAAAAGACUCAAUCGGAAGGAAAAACGUUCAGCAAAUACUACAAGGGAAGAGUUGAAAGAGGUGUGUGCUCAAAAUGGUAUGUGAAAUGUGAGUAAAAGAAAGCCAGAUGUGAGAGUAACAAAACAACAAGACGUUUUGGGUACCUGAAACAAAAUAACAUGACCAAGAAUUAACUAAAUUAAAUUAAUUUCAGCUAAACUCAGUCCUGGCAGCUUGAUGUUGUUUAAUAUGUUAAAACUUUUGUUUAUCUUUAUUUCCUGAAGAGUCAAUGACUCUACCAUUUAUGUAUGUA